AUUAUUUAUUCUAUGUAUAAAUCAAAAGAUUUUACGUACAGCUACUCGUCAGUUUCUAGGGGUUAGUUGUAUAGCUUCUUUUACUUCUCACACCCCUCACGACUCACGUGCAUACUUAACUCCAUCGUUAACCAAAUUUUCUUCUUCAGUUUCCUUCUAAUCCUAUAACUAACUAAUUAAAUAACUAGUCUUACAUCGUUUAGCAAAAAAAAAAACUAGUCUUACAUUUAGGUACGCCUCGUUUUUCGUUUUCCAAACAACGCAAGAUUCAUUUGUUUUGCUUUUUUUUUUUUUUUCUGUCAUUAAGUAUAUAUGCUUGUGACACCUUUGUUUAGUACUCAGUACUCACUAUUCACUACCGUCACUGUUGUUUUACCGGCCACAAACAUGAUUAGCAACAUGAUUAGGUAUUCAUGUUUAGAUAUUUUUGUUGGAAACGAUAAUAGCAUCGACCCAUAAUAGAAGGUGGGCCCUUGAACUUGACUCUGACACCAUAUGGGGUUAUGGACAAUAUUAUGGACGUGGGCCAUUAUAAGCUAGAAGUCACGAGAACCUGAGUGUGUUUCCUCAAUGGUAAGUAGGCACUCCAGAGCGCUUGUUAUAAUCAUUCGAACCAAAAGCUCGCGCUUACCGAAAUAUAGCUCUGCCUGCCGUAACCAGGGACGGCCAAAACGAUGGUAUUUGAGCGUGUGUCGGCCUGAGGCAUGUUUCUUGCGUACACGCAUGUGUCUUUAUCUUAUAUUUAGUCUUUAAGGUUUUGUAUGGUUACGUACUCUUGUUUGUUUAAUAUUUUUAAAGUUACGUACUAUAUAUUUACGUCUUGUAUAUUAGUAUAUACUAUGAUCUUCUUUUUUUGUUAGCCUUUUCGGUUUUUAUUAGAUUUUGGUGAUGAUUUCCCCACCAGGUUAUACCUUCUAGAUAACAUUUCAUAUCGAUUACAAAAAGAGGAAGUUUUUCGAGAUUAUAUAUAAUCUUUGGAUAUGAAUGAAGGAGUCCCACUCCUUUUUAUAAUUGUUUUGUUUUACCUUUUAUUUCCAGGUUAGUUGGUUACCCUUUUCCAUGGGUUUUUUCCCUCUCUUUUAAUAGGUUAGAUGUGAUUUUGUAGUUUGCCCUUUCUAUUUUUAAUACUUUUUAAAGUUUAUAAAUGGCCGACAAACAAAAAGUAUAUAAAUGCAUAUCUUGAAAACACCGUAGGUUGUCUUAUGUAUGUGGGCCUACAAAGCCCAAUCCAUUGCAGUCCGUAUUGUACAAGAAUUAACAAGUGAAUCGGUGGGCUUCAGAAUCAAGGCAGGCUUGUUAGUCAAGGCUCUGCUUCUGAUAUACAUUCUGCUUCUGUUGCCAACCAAGGUACUAACUUCAGGUCUGAACAAUUUUGUUUCGUUAAAGUACUAUUACACUUGGAAAUACUCUCAACUCUUAUGCCUUAUCUGGUUCUUAUUAUCGGACCUGAAGAGCAAUGGAUGUGAGUCUGCAUGUUGAUCAGCCAACAAGUUAUACUCUUUCCAAGCUGCGUGUGGAUGAAGUAUUUUGAGUAAAUUUUCUCUUUCCAAGUGGUUCCGUUGUGAAACAUGAAACGAGCCAGGAACUAGUGAAGCUGAGCGGUCAUUCGCCAACUUGCAGGAUCUAAUGGAGCAAUACAAUUCAGAAAAGCUUCAAUUGGAGAGUAUAUCAGGGAAACAUGUACAAGUGUUGAGUGCAUUUAUGAGUUCAUACGAUCAACUAAGGCUUACUUCAUGAGAAAACUGGCCAUCUCAGGAAAUUAUUAAAUGAAGCAGAGAAAGAGAUGGCUUAUUGUGAGGCUGAAACAGUAGAAUUGAAAGCAAGUAGUAGUGCUAUUGUAAGUGUAACCACUGGUUAAUUAAACUCAUCUUAAUUAACUCAUUAGUUUCAACACUACACUGCCGCGUCAGGAUAACUUUUGUAUAGACUAGUUGGACGAUUAAUUGAUCGGUGGCUGCAAACCUCGUGCCCGUAAACUUCUCUUAUGCAUCACUUUCAGGUUUAGAUUAGCCAAAAUCAGACUCCCCUUAUUUAAAAAAAAAAACUUUUUAGUGUGUUAUUACAUAAUGCGCUCAUCACAUGGUCAUUUGAUUAAAAGAGUAAUUAGAUUAAAACAAGACAAAACAUAUUUGUGUUGCCAAUAAUUAGAAAAAGGGAUUAAUUAUGUUAAGCGUCCAAGAGAAUGCCUUUCCACGUUGGGGGCACAUGCGUUCUCUUCUUUCUUCCCUUUUGUUCUUCUACCAAAACAAACACCAUUAUAGGCCCAAAUCCACAGAUAACCUACCAAAAUAUUUACAUCAAAAUAGUUCGACGUGAGUAAGAGAAAUGCAAGUGGUUCUACAUUUGAGAUUAGAACCAUAGAAUAAAACGUCCUGCCAACUGUUCCGAUAAAAAAAUAUGGAAUACGUUCUGAAAUUACAUAAAAUGGUCCGAGAAAAAUGGCAGUGAUCGACCAGAAGAGCUUAGUUGCCGGUUCAUUUGAUAGUAUUCUUGACCAAAACCCUAUAUAGGUUUGUAUAAAUCUUGUCUAUUACAUUGUAUAUAUUUGUUCCAUGUACUCAUAUUCGAAAAAGAAAAAUAGUAAAAGGAUAAGAGGAUAAAAUCAAGAGACAAUAGAGAAUGGAAGAGGAUUAACGUAAAAUGAAAACAAGAUUCAAUGCAUCGAAGAUUGGAAUAAGAAUAUAAACUAAACGAGAAAAUUUAGAGUAGGUCAAAAGGGGGGAACAUAAAAUUAUAGGACUUGUUUUCUCCAAUGAAUUAAGACUAGAGAUGAAAUUAGAAAAGCAUAAAAGAUUGCUCACAUGCAACCCAAAUUCCUUUGUCCUCAAUAAUGCAUGUUUACAAACAAAUUUGUUUUAGAAUAUAGUAUUAGACAUCAAUUUUAAGAAUAUAGUAUUAGAGAAACGAAUUUAAAUGGUGUUUUGGUAAGAAUAUAUAUUGAGAAACUGAAUUUAGGAAGAUGUUGUAUACUAUAAUAGCCAAGCUGACAAGCAUAUGUGAUCAAGAAGAAAUAAAAACGAUAAGGAAAUACAUAGAUGCCCUUGGGAUUAGAAUAUGGAAGACGAACAAAGGCUGUGGCAGUAUUCUUUGAAGUUGCAUCCUAUAAAAUUGAAAGCACAUGCAUUAGCGUAUUUUGUAUUUGUGUGUUCGAUUAUUCUCUAGUUAAUUAACAACCACUUUUGGUGCACACGUUCUGAUUAUUGUACAUAUAGACUAAUGGGGAGUAUAUAUUAUAGUAUAAAAGAGUAAGAAAUAUACGAUCCAUACCAACGUUGAGUUGGCCUAGUGGUAAAGGGGUUGCGGUUGUAACUUCCGCCACUUGGGUUCAACUCACGGUGGGAGGGACUAUUUACAAUGCUUGGGUUCCCGGCAAAGAGGUGAAAACACCUUUUUAUUUUACCAAAAAAAAUAAAAAAAAUAUACGAUCCAUUACCACCGUCCCUAACGUUGGUCGUAUAGCCAAACAUAAAUGGUCUUUGGUCUUCUGACACAAAGUAAGAUCGUACAAGAAAUUCUACUACUUGAUUCCUCAGAUACUCAUAUCAUAAUAAGAUCUCUAUGAGAUUUCAGCAUAUGUCGCCAUUUGUGUAGGUCAAAAGUCAAAACAUAGGUGGUUGUUUUUCAAGAUUAAUACACGUACAUAUAAUGGAUGCUUACGCAAUUACUUCAUCCUCAUAAUUAAGUCGACUACCAUCCAUCAUGCGGCCAUCAUUGCACUCUUUCUUUCCCAAUUAUUAAUACCAAACUCAUUGCUUUUAUGUGUUGUAUGAUUGAUAAGAACGAAAUUGUUUAUGUUUCAUAUGUAUAUGAAAUUAUCGCAGUUCAUGAACAUUCCAUCGUUUAAAUUUGGACCAUCACAUGCAAUAGUAUUUGGACUCGUUAUACAAGAUAUAUUAUCCUUUUAAUAGUUUUUCUAUUACGUAAUUUCACUAUAAUUUUUUUUAUCAAUUGGGUCAUUAGAAUCUAAGGUAACAUGCUAAUCAUGGGUCUUAUCAUUCCUCAUCCUUUAUUUUCAGCUUAUUAUUUGUUGAUGAAUGAUGAGUCUAUCUAGUUAUAUCUGGCAUCUUGUUUUAAGUAUUUAUUUUGAUGAUCCUCUCCUCGUUAAUUGUUCACUCUCGUUUCUAAAAUACUUUUGUGAAUGACAAAAUCAGACCGAUCUAUGCUUUAGAUUUGAGCAGGACCAUAUGUAUGCAAUUCACUAGUGUAGUACAACCUUUGAGGUAUGCAUGAAACAUGCUACCAAGUGGAAAAUGAAUCAUUGCUAAUUAUAUAUAUAUAUAUAUAUUUGAUUGAUUGAUAAUUGGUAUAUCAUGGGCACAAUUGACUCAACGCAGAGCUAUUUUUAAAUGAUUUAUAAAGAUUUCAAAUAUUAAAGAAAAUGAAAAGAGAGAGAAAAGAAAGGUGUAACUCUUAUAUAAAGGGAUCGUGGAAGGGAUACUUUUCCAAGACCAACACACAUUCCUUUUCACUUUGUUCUUCUCCUCCAACUAGCGAAAAAGAUAUACAAAACAUUUGUUUAUCCUCAUAGAGAAAUAAGAAGGAUGAACACAACAUCGUCCAAGAGCAAGAAGAAGCAAGAAGAGGGUGGUGCGAGGUUUCUUGGGGUGAGAAGGAGACCUUGGGGAAGAUACGCGGCUGAGAUUAGAGACCCAACAACCAAGGAGCGUCACUGGCUUGGCACGUUUGAUACGGCCGAGGAAGCUGCCUUGGCCUACGAUAGAGCCGCUCGGUCCAUGCGUGGCACUCGUGCCCGCACCAACUUCGUUUACUCAGACAUGCCUCCUUCAUCCUCCGUCACCUCCAUUAUUUCUCCUGAUGAUCCGCCUCCACCUCCACCUCCUACUUCAGCUGCUCCUCCUUGUUCUAAUGAUCCUGUGGAUUACAUGAUGAUGUUUAACCAAUAUUCAUCAACAGAUUCGCCAAUGCUGCAACCUUACUCUGAUCAAGUGGACAGCAGUUACAUGUUUGGUGGCUCAUCUUCUUGUUAUUCUAACAGCAGCAGCGAGUUGCCUCCUCUGCCAAGCGACUUGUCAAAUUCUUGUUAUAGCCAACCACAGUGGAGCGUUGACGACUACUCGACCGCUACCUAUUUCGAGGGUGACUACGUCCAUAGUCCAAUGUUCAGCACAAUGCCUCCGGUUUCUGACUCUUUCAACCACUUCGGCUCCUAUAAUUAACAUAUAUUCUCAUCCAUAUUUAAUUGUUUUCUCAUUUGUAUUUUUUUUUUUUUUGGAUUUCAGUAUGUUUCGCCGUCCUUGGUCUAUGAUCAAAGUGAUUGUUUGUCUUAUUUUUGAAUAAAAUAAAUUAUUUUUCUCUUGUAUAUCUUAACCAAUGAAAACAAACAUCUCCUUUGUGUCCAUUCACAAAUUCUCACAUAAUAUUCUCUAUGGGCCUGUGAACUCAAAAGCCCAUUCAUGGAUACUUGAUGGGCUAUGGCAUGUUUGGUUUCUUAUAGUAGAACUAGAUUAUUUGUAGGUUGACGUACUACAUUUGUGCCUUCUGGUGUCUAAUAUGCUUAUGUAAUCUGAAAAUGUUCAUAUUUGAUGGAUUCUGGUAACUUAAUUACCUGUUUGUCGGUCGUCAAAAGAUGGUAGUAGGUUUGACUGGUGAACCAUGUCUACCUGUUUCAAAAGCUGGUUACCAAACACAAUUAAAAAUGCAUGUACAUAUAAGUGGUUUCCAGAAGAGGAAAUUAAGGUGGUGAAGAAUACAUGGGAGAUGAAGUUUUUCUCUUUUUAUACCAUCGCAGUUGCACUUCUAGUUGUAGCCAACUUUGGAAUGAUGCACACAAGGGGGCAGAGCGUUUCGUGCCUAAACCAGCUUGCUCCAUGCCUAAACUACCUGAAUGGAACAAAAGAAGUGCCUCAAGUAUGCUGUAACCCUCUCAAAUCAGUAAUAAAGAACAAUCCAGAGUGCUUGUGCCGUAUGAUAAGUAACCGAGGGAGUUCACGGGCCGAGCAAGCUGGCAUUAAUGUCAACGAUGCUCAAAUGUUGCCUGCUCGAUGUGGAGAACACGUCAAUCCCAUUGCCUGCUUGACUAAUCGUACGCACUAUUUUCUUACUUGAAGAAACCUAUGUUAUUUUUAUUUUUUCUUUGUCUCAAUCUUGUGUGUUGUGUGCAGGAUCUCGAGGAUCUACCAACUCGGACCGAAGCUCCUCCACUGGCAACUCCUUUUCUCAGUCCCAUUGGAGAACAACAUUAGCUUUUGCAGCAACUCUUUUACCAUUUAUACUUUAAAUAAACGGAAUCUCUCGCUGUUCUAUAGCACUCUGUUCAUUCUUUUUAUUUGUUUGAACAAUGCUUAUGAGUUAUGAUUAUUGUUUGUUCGUCACCCACACAUUAGUGUACUCCCUCCGUUCCUUCAAAUAAACUGAAUCUCUCA